UACGUGAAUCUUGAAGUACUAGGGAGGAAAAUAGGUCAGGGGUGUAUACAUCGUAAUUUACCUUCGCCAUCUUUUGACCUAAUUGCAGAAAAAUCUGAUUUCAUCUCUAUAAAUAAACGGGAAAAAGUCUAACGAUACGUGGGACUUACUUAUGGCAAGUCAAAACACCUACAAAACUUUCUUCUGAGUGAAAUUUUAUAAGUAAGUCGAUCCUUGGCGAUAUUCUCAUCAGUAGCGAUUCGCAAAUGAAAACAGAACAAUGGUGACCAAAGUACUAGUGCUAGUGGUUGUGUUACAAAUACAAACUUGUAUUACAAUCAAAAAUAAUUUGAAUAAAACCAGCGAAAUACUCUUCAACUUGGCGAAUUAUGCCAUCGAAAGUCGUCAAAUUCGCAAUCCGUGUCUUUACGAACGCGACGAAUCGAAAUAUUACACUUGUGUCAAAAAACUAAGACUGCGCCAGUACGGCCAUCUUCCAUACCCUUCAAACUACGCUCAAAAUUUCAACUAUCAUCCCCAAAAAGCCUACCCCAGUUUCAUCCCGUACCCCCCUCGCCCACACCAAGACCAACAAAGCAUCAUGGAUGUGCUGUUUACAAUAGCAAAAAAUGACGCACUUCGCUGCGUCCCGAGAUUACUUUGCGAAGUUACUUCAGAUACGAUAUCCAAAAGUCGGCAAGGUUUCGCUUUACCGACUUUACCAUUAAAUAUUGAUAUGGGAUCAAUAAUUAGAUUGUUGGCAACUAUAGACAUUCCAGGUGGUUCACCGAUUCCGGUUUUUGCCAAAGCCGCACUUUUGGGUUAUGUCUCAAAAGGAAAUUCAGAUUCUUGUUUAGAUGCCUACCCUCAGUGCCCACGUGAUCCGAACAAACUGGUUCACUAUUUGAAUAAUUAUAAUGGAGGUUUCUUCAGGUUUUUUAAAGGAGUAGACACGCGACCGGGUCAAGUGAUAAAUUACCCUCAAAAUUUUCCCUUAAGGCCCUAUCAGAAUUCGAUUGCACAGGAGCGGAUACAGAAUAGGCCGUUACAGUAUGUUUCGAAUAAUUAUGUUGGUAGUAGUGACCCGGUUGUCUUUUCUAAUAAUGAUGAUUUUAAUGUGUAUAGUCGCUUACCUAAAACUUUAUCGUUCCCCAACGACGAUGAUAAUCGUUUUAACGAAUUUGCAUUCAAGAAACCGAAGGAAUUACCUUUUUCCAUUAGUGAAUAUUACUCUAAUGAAUUGGAUUUACAAAGGCCUUUACCUAAUCAUAGAGUAACCCCUAUGAUAUUUCCUGACAGAACAGGAACUGGAGAUUUGAGGCUGGAUUUGGAGGAAUUAAAUGAAAAUUAUAAACAGUCAAAUAAUAACUUUGUAAGCUUUCGGCCUGUAGAAUCUAAUGAAGGUUCUUAUUACCGUGGGGCAAAGGGUGUUUCAAGUGACGAAUUCAAUACUAACAAGGCUGUAUUUAGUUUUCCUGUUUAAUUAUUUAAUUUAUUGUUUUAUUAAAUGUAUUUUUGAGA